AUGGGCCAGAAGUCCAAAGACACACUCGCCGUUCGGCCACAAAGUCGCGGGCGCAGAUCACGCAGUCGAUCUCCCAACCCUAAGGGUAAAGCUGUGAAGUCGGCCAAAGUGGUCAGCUAUGCGUCAGACGGCGUGCGAAACAAUGACAUCUUCAAUCUGCCCUCAUCGGAUUACAAGCUACUGGUUUUGGUGACAUUGGUCGCGGCCGCUGUGCGCUUGUUCCGCAUCUAUCAACCCACCAGUGUGGUGUUCGAUGAAGUCCACUUCGGAGGAUUCGCAAGCAAGUAUAUCAAGGGGAAGUUUUUCAUGGAUGUCCACCCGCCGCUCGCAAAGCUUUUGAUCACGCUUGCUGGAUGGUUGGCUGGUUUUGAUGGCGAAUUCGACUUCAAGGAUAUUGGCAAAGAUUACCUAGAGCCCGGUGUGCCCUACGUGGCAAUGCGAAUGCUCCCUGCAACUCUAGGCGUGCUUACAGUAUCCUUGAUGUUCUUAACACUCAAAGCCACCGGAUGCCGAUCUUCGACAGCUGUUCUCGGUGCCGGACUUGUCAUUUUUGACAAUGCGCUCACUACUCAGUCUCGCCUGAUUCUCUUGGAUUCGCCCCUUGUCUUCUUUACAGCCCUAACCGCAUUGACCUUCACCUGCUUCACAAACCAACAGGAAUUGGGUCCUUCAUCCGCAUUCAAGGGACCGUGGUGGUUCUGGUUAGCUGCAACGGGUGUCUCACUUGGUGCUACACUGAGUGUGAAAUGGGUUGGCCUCUUCACAAUGGCCUGGGUCGGAUCCCUCACUGUUCUCCAACUUUGGGUUGUGCUUGGUGAUGCAAAGACCGUCACUCCGCGAUUGUGGUUCAAGCACUUCUUCUCCCGUGUCUUCUGCUUGAUUAUCAUCCCCGUGGGCUUCUACAUGGCUAUGUUCUACAUCCACUUCCUAUGUCUCGUCAAUCCUGGAGAGGGUGACGGGUUCAUGUCUUCGGAGUUCCAGGCCACCCUCAACUCAAAGUCCAUGCAAGAUGUACCAGCGGACGUGUCAUUUGGUUCUCGUGUCAGCCUUCGUCACUGGAACACCCAGGGUGGCUACCUCCACUCACACAAUCACAUGUAUCCCACCGGCAGCAAGCAGCAGCAGAUUACUCUGUACCCGCACAAGGAUGAGAACAACGUGUUCGUCAUGGAGAACCAGACUCAGCCCCUUGGUCCUUAUGGUGAGAUUGAAGGCCCUUACGCUUGGGACAAUUCGACUGUGAGCUUCAUCGAGGAUGGGGCUGUUGUACGUCUGUAUCACGAAAUCACCCACCGUCGAGUUCACUCGCACGAUGAGCGCCCACCUGUCACUGAAGCGGAUUGGCAGUUCGAGGUGUCAGCUUACGGCUACGAAGGCUUCCCGGGUGACGCGAACGAUCUGUUCAAGGUCGAGAUUGUCAAAUCUAUGUCAGACGGCGCUGAGGCCAAGAAGCGCGUGCGUACAAUUCAGACCAAGUUCAGACUCGUGCAUGUCAUGACCGGCUGUGUGCUCUUCUCCCACAAAGUCAAGCUACCAGAAUGGGGCUUCGAGCAGCAAGAGGUUACUUGCGCUCGUGGCGGAACCCUGCCCAACAGCGUUUGGUACAUCGAGUCCAAUUAUCACCCCAUGAUGCCUGCGGAUGCCGAGAAGGUCAACUACCGCAAUCCCGGAUUUCUAGGCAAGUUCUGGGAAUUGCAGAAGGUCAUGUGGACAACUAACGCUGGCCUGGUGGAGUCGCACGCUUGGGACUCGCGCCCCCCUUCGUGGCCCACGCUUCUGCGUGGAAUCAACUUCUGGGGCAAGGACAACCGCCAGAUCUACCUCUUGGGUAACCCUCUCAUCUGGUGGUCUUCCACCGCAGCCAUUGGUAUCUACCUGGUCUUCAAAGCGAUUGCGCUCAUUCGCUGGCAGCGCAGCUGCAAUGACUACCGCCACGUCACAUUCAAGCGUUUCGACUAUGAGGUUGGCAUGAGCGUUCUUGGAUGGUUCUUCCACUAUUUCCCAUUCUACCUAAUGGCUCGUCAGCUGUUCCUCCACCAUUAUCUCCCAGCGCUCUAUUUUGCCAUCUUGGUACUUUGCCAGGAGUUCGACUUCAUCACCAGUCGUGUCAAAGCCCUCGGCCUGGCAUCGAAGCCCGCUGUCGGCAAAAUUUUGAUGGCUGGCUUUUUGCUCCUGAGCAUCGCUGUUUUCACCCUCUACUCUCCUCUGAUUUAUGGCAACCCAUGGACCCAGAGUGCGUGUCAGAAAGUGAAGCUUCUUAACGGCUGGGACUUCGAUUGCAACACCUUCCAUACCGACCUCAGCCAGUACAUCACCGGUGUGAACAGUGUCACGGACGUGAUUCCGACUACGCCAGCCUCGGCACCACAAUUUGCGCCUCAGCAGGGGCAGCAGCAGGCCCCAGCUGUUGAAAUCCCUCAACAACCACAAGGCGAGGAGCAAUCCGAGCAGGCUGCCGUUACCUCGGCCAAGCUGUCCGGUUCUGUUGCCCGCGUCGAAUAUCGUGACCAGCAUGGCAAUGUCCUUCCUGAGGACGUUGUUGCUUCGCUGCGGGCCGAGGGCAAGGUAAAAUUUGAGACUCGCUACGAGUCGCAAUCCAAGCUCCAGCACGCCCAGGAAAUCCCUAUUGUGGAUGGCCGGCUCGCACCCCCUCAUCCAGAUGUUCAGGGACGAAACCCCGAGACUGGCUCCGGCAAGCCCGAGGACUCUGUUCCUCCGGAGCAACCCGCCUCUGUUGCCGAGGCAGAGACCCAGUCCGUGGAGAGCUCUGGCUCGCCUGAGGCGAAGCCAGCCAGCGAGGGAUAUGAAGCAACUAAAUAG